UGAAUUCGUCUAGCUAGGGUUUAUCUCAAGGUUUUUGUUACCCCCUCCGACGAUCACAGCAAUACGAAGCCUCGCGACUCCUCGGGGACUCGGGAGGCAGAGAAAGAGAUGGCGCUAUGGAUGGACGCCGGAUCGGACCCGAUCUCCGAGAGCGAGAAGGCGGACUUGGAAGCCAUCGCCGCUAUCAAAGAGGCCGCCGCCGUUGAGCUCAAGGAACAAGGUAACCAAUUCGUCAAGAUGGGUAAAAAGCAUUAUAACGAUGCAAUUGAUUGUUAUACAAGAGCGAUUAACCAGAAAGCUCUGAGCGACUCAGAUCACUCGGUCCUCUUUGCUAAUCGUGCCCACGUAAAUUUGCUUUUGGGAAAUUAUAGGCGAGCUUUAAGUGAUUCUGAGGAAGCAAUUAAAUUCUGUUCGACAAAUAUCAAGGCAUAUUAUCGGGCAGCCAAAGCUGCCUUCUCUUUGAAUUUGUUGGCUGAAGCAGCAUCACUUUGCCAAAGGGGACUUGAACAAGUUCCCUCUAAUGACGAGCUGAAGAAGUUGCUUAUGCAGAUUGACUUGCGAAGAAAAGAAGAUGAACAUCAAAAGGCUCAAGUAUUACAAGCUGUUGCUUCAGCUAAGGAGCUUUCAUCUGCAAUGGAGAAUAGAGGAUUGAAGCUUGGGAAGGGCCUGUACCAGGAACUCACUGGAAUUAGAAAACCAGUACUAGAUAAAAGUGGGAUUCUUCAUUGGCCGGUUCUUCUUCUUUAUGCAGAGGUCAUGUCAAGUGAUUUCAUUGAGGACUUCUGCGAAACGGACAUGUUCUCAUCGCAUCUUGACAUAAUGUUUUCAGAAGAUUCCCAGCCACUACCAUGGGAUGAGUAUCAUGCUUAUACAAGGGAAGCUGUUGAAUUGUAUUAUCAGGCUGGUACCGGGAUUCUCUUAUCGAAUAAGGAAGUCCUUAAGUAUCUGCUAGAUGGCACAGUGAAGUCUGUUCCAGAAGGCUUCUUUGAUGAAGAGAAGGAUUCAGGAAAAGAUCUGGAUAGUUCAGUCUCUCAUUUAAGUACCAAUUAUGGUAAAUGGAUUCAUAUAAAUGAGAAGAAGACGCUUCUCGACAUUUUGCGGCGUUCUGAUUAUAUCAUCCCGGCUAUCCCAGUCUUCUUUGUGGUUUCGAAGAAAUCUGAGUUCUACAAGGAGUUCAGAGCUGGAAAAUGGUCGCCACCUUGAAAUUUUGCCUCAAGCUUUUAUGCAACACAAGCUUCACAAUGUUCUAAAAAUUGUAAGAUACUUGUCUGAAGCUUAGUUAGUGAUGCCCUCAACAUAACUUGAGAUAUUGUACCAAAACAUAUUUAUAAGCUUUAACAAUUCUCUUUGGUUGGUUAAUUUCAUAAAUAGGAUGUAAAUGUAACGCCAAGUGAUUAAUUUCGUGAUGUAAACAAA